CUCUUUCUCUUAAGCAAGCCAUGAUCAAAGCAACUGACAAACUGUCACAGAAUCUGCCAGACCUCACUCUAGCCUUGCACCUUCUCUCCAGCUCCUGAACAUUUCUUCCUUCUGCUAUGCUCUGAGUUCAUUUCUAGAAUUGGUUCCUGACUCCCGGUCAGCAGCUAUCCUGGGCCUGCUGAGCUCUGAUCCAAGUGCCUGCCUCUGUGCCCUGGCGGCCCCAUGACCAAGCUUCAUGGAUGUAUCCUCCAACCUCUCCUUCAACAUUGAUCCAGGCAACUAUGUUGAAAUGAAUGAUUCAAUCACCCACCUGCUCUCUAAAACAGCGAUACAAGACAUUACAACGGAACUAUACUGUCCACUGUGCCAUGAUUGGUUCCAUGAUCCACUGAUGCUAAGCUGUGGCCACAACUUCUGCCAAGCCUGUAUUCAAAACUUUUGGAAGCUGCAAGGAAAGGAAACAAUCUGUCCUGAUUGUAAGAUGCUAUGUCAAUAUAGCAACUGUACAUUCAACCUUGUACUGGAUAAGCUGGUAGAGAAAAUUAAGAAGCUACCCCUACUCAAGGGUCACCCACAGUGCCCAGAGCACGGAGAGAACCUGAAACUGUUCAGUAAGCCAGAUGGGAAACUGAUCUGCUUUCAAUGCAAGGAUGCUCGAUUGUCUGUGGGGCAGUCUAAGGAAUUCCUGCAAAUCUCUGAUGCUGUCCAUUGCUUCACGGAGGAACUUACCAUCCAACAGGGUCAACUAGAGACAACCCUGAAGGAACUUCAGUCCCUGAGGAACAUGCAGAAGGAUGCUAUUACUUCUAACAAGGAAAACAAGCUGCAUCUGGAGCAACAUGUGUCCUUGGAGUUUCUAAAGCUGCAUCAGUUCCUGCACAGCAAAGAAAAGGACAUUUUAAAUGAGCUCCGGGAAGAGUGGAGAGCCUCGAAUGAGGAGAUGGAACUGAAUCUGAACCAGCUUCAGGAGCAGUGUCUCCUAGUCAAGGAUAUGUUGGCGAGCAUUCAGGCACGGAUGGAUGAGCAGAAUUCCUUUGACUUUCUUAAAGACAUCACAACUCUCUUGGAUAGCUUGGAGCAAGGAACUAGGGUGCUGGCAACCAGAGAGCUUAUCUCCAGAAAGUUGAACCUGGGCCAGUUCAAAGGUCCCAUUCAAUACAUGAUAUGGAGGGAAAUGCAGUCUACCCUCUCUCCAGGCCUAUGUCCACUAACUCUGGACCCUAAAACUGCUCACCCAAACUUGGUGCUCUCCAAAAACCAAACCAGUGUGUGGCAUGAUGACAUUAAGCAGGUAAUGCCUGAUGAUCCAGAGAGGUUUGAUUCAAGUGUGGCUGUGCUGAGCUCAAAGGGCUUCACAUCAGGAAAGUGGUACUGGGAAGUAGAAGUAGCAAAGAAGACAAAAUGGACAGUCGGAGUUGUCAGAGAAUCCAUCAUUCGGAAGGGCAGUUGUUCUCUAACUCCUGAGAAAGGAUUCUGGCUUUUAAGACUAAGGAACCAAACUGAUCUAAAGGCUCUGGAUUUGCCUUCUUGCAGUCUGAAACUGACUAACAACUUCAACAAGGUGGGUAUAUAUCUGGAUUACGAAGGAGGGCAGGUGUCCUUUUACAAUGCUAACACCAUGACCCACAUUUAUACCUUCAGUAGCACUUUCACAGAGAAACUUUAUCCCUACUUCUGCCCUUGCCUUAAUGAUGGUGGAAAAAAUCAAGAACCAUUGCAUAUUUUACAUCCAGAGUAAUUAGUCAUACUAUUAUAUAAAUUCAGGGUGUUAUUAAAGAGGUACUGAAAUAUUUUA